AUGGAAGGAUUUCCUCAACACCGCUCACGCGUGUCUUUGCUAUCUUUGGUAUUUGUAGUACUAAUACUGUCUUUGUUAAAUAACUCACUCCCUCUCCAGGCCUACGCCCAAGAAGUGCAAACUGACAAUGAACCUCAGGCCGAGACCAAUAGAGAUGGAGUCGACACAAAUGCAUACACAAAUCCCCACGAUCCAAACCGAAAAAACGCGAGUGCGCCUUCACCCGCCAAAAAGCCGACUCAGAAACAACCUUCGGGAUCUUCCCUCAAUAUAGUUGAAGGUCCUUCCACCAUCCAGUGGCGCGCGUCUUUACUCAAAGGGGGAUGCGCUCAGGCUGUCUCGGACUACCUCAAGCGAAUUCAUGAUGACAGCAAAAGUGUCAAGAACGCCGUCUCUCAGGCACGAAAGAAGGUUAACUUCGCUCGUCUGCACAAACCUCAAAAUGUGCCAAGUGCUGAACAGCGCCUAAAUGCGUCAAAGCAAGCCCUCAACGCGUUUGAUGCGGAGACACUGAGGCUAUUCGGCGCAAGCCUACCAAAGACUUGUGUCACCGAGGUCAAGGAUCGUAUGGGGCUUCCAGAAGAGAGCACUAGCCUAAAUAGUGCAUAUGAUGUGGCUCUUUACAUAUUUCGGUCGGUCAUGGCGCACACACAGACAUUUUACCUAACUAUGAAAGGUGUAUGGAACUACACGGUUGAUUCAUAUAUUCCUAUCGUAAAAGAUUUUCAAGGCUUCUCCGAUGUGUACUACAAAAAGGCCGUCAAAUUAUUCAAUGAAGCCCAUCCAAGACCAGGGUUAUUAACCAAGAUCUCAGGUAAGCCAAAGACUGUGCCCACAUCUGAAUUUAUUGUGAAGAUAUUAAAAGGGCUUGCGUAUGCCUGUGUGCCUUUGGCACUUGUAGCAUUCAUCGGUUUGGUAGUUGCCCUUCUAUUCCCAGUUCUUAUGAUCGGGGUUUUUAUACCGGACCUCAUCUACCACGUCUGGAUUCGUCUCUUUAUCUUCUACUACCCAUAUGCCAUGGUCUUCCCAUCGGACUUCAUCACCGAGGUACAAGGAUUAUAUGUGUUUGCGUUUGAAAGGAAUUGGGGCGCGUGUUGGGGAAUACUGAAGAAAGCGAUCACAGGUGCCAUGACAAACUUCGAUGGACUAUAUUACAAUACAGUUCUUAUGGGACAAAUGGUUUGGUUUGUAACCUUUAUUUUUGGGGUUAUGAUGUGGAAUUGGAUGUAUUUUUUCAUUAUCCGAAGAAAGAGGACGAAAACGAAUUCGCCGUACUUUGAAAAUGUCAAACGCGACGAAAACAUACUUAAACUUCUGGAGAAAUCUAAAAAAAAGAAAAUAUAA